AUGGCUCUGCCCGCGCCGGCACAGCAAAAGCCUGUCUGGCUCCGCCAGGGCCACCAUCACCUCCACUAUCUUUCUACCUCCACCAUCCUCCUUCACAACCGUUGCGCAACCUCCUCUCUCUACCACAAUCUGCCCUCAUCCAUCUCCUACCCCGAUCCUCCUUCUCCGCAUGGCCCGGGCACGCGUCAGAACUCUCGAAUAACACAGCACAUACACCCUGACCUUCUUACUCUUUCGGUGCAAUCAGACCUGAAUAAACCAAAUAGGAACGAUGUUCAGUAUCUUCCGAAACCGUCGAUACCGGAUGAUGAUACCGAGGUGAGCUGGGGUGGACACAAUGCUCCCGACCCUCUUCUCCCCGCAUCUACUAAAACAAACCAGAUAUGGGUUAUUCCAGAAACAAACGAAGUCUUGCUUGACUAUGAAGCGAUGGACUUCUUGAAACAGAAACGAUUUAUUUGUGAAAUCACUGGACAUUCAGGCUUGAAUUUCUUCGAUGCGCAGAAAAGCGAAGCCAUUGGCUCACAAGAGGUGGAUAGCUCUUUUCCGGAAGCUCUACGAGAACCGGUGUUGCGUCGAGUUCAAUUCUCUACUACCUCCCGAAUCGACAAUCUUGUCGAUCAGGUCUUUGAUGACUUUAGGCAAGACUUCUAUCCCGGUGAAACGGUCACCGUGGUACUGGAUGACGGCAAUCGGCUCAAUGGCUUGGUUCGUGAAAAGGCAAAAUUCCCUGCACUUCACGGACGUGAUGGAUCGUUGGAGCGCAAGGCAUUUUCAAGGUACUUCGUCCAACUCAUGGCACGAGCAGACGAAGAAGCCUUGGUCGACGACGAUCACAUCGUGAGGGACCGGAAAGCCUUCACGAAGCAAAUGCUCCGUUCUUUCAUCAAAAACACCGUGACCAGAGAAGCUUGGACAGGCGCGCCUUGGUUGGUCAAACCGGAGAUUGCCGUAAAAUAUUUCAUAGACACGACCGUCCCACCGCAUCUCCAAUAUGGGAGCAAGGCCGCCGAGCGUAAGGCCAAUGCCGCAGCAAAGAAAGGAGAGCAGGAAGGUAUGCACCAUUUCUGGGCUUCGCGAGGGCUUCCGGAACUCAAACCAGCCAUCAAAGGCCCCAAGUCGAAAAUGUCACCCGGAGAACUUGCCAAUAUGAAGAACGAGCAAUUCCAGGAAUAUCAGCGAGCACUUCAGGGUCAUCCGACAUUUGUGCUUCCAAAGGCAGCUCAAACCACCUUCGACCUGCAUCAAUACAGCCCUACCAAUGGCACACCUCACUCUCCACUUCCUCACCUAGUUCCAAAGUCCUUUCCGAAGCCACCACCUCCACCGCCUAUAAAGUAUCCAAUCGAAGAUCUUGAGGUUGCUCCUGUCAGAGAUGGAACCCACCGACCAGCAAUAAAGUAUUUGUCACAGGACACCCCUAUGGGCGCAAAUAGCGAUCCUGAUAUGCCCAUACUAAUGAGCACGGUUGGUAGUCUGCUUGAAACAUGGAACACGAUAAACGUGUAUUGCCAAGUUUUCAUGCUGGAUUCCUUCACUUUCGAUGACUUUGUCGAAGCAAUGCAAUUUUCAUCUAUGGAUGUAGAUUGUGAGCUCUUCAACGAGAUCCAUUGUGCGAUCCUCAAGAAGCUGGUCAAUGGCGAAAACGAUCAAAAUGGUGCAAUCCAAAUUUCUCUGCCAGACUUGCCUUCAGAUGAUGAGGAGGGAGAGAACGAAAGCAAUGUGGAAGGAUCAAGCGUUGCUCCAACACCAACCCCCGAACCCGAAAAACCCGUGAAACGCACAACCCGAAGCAGUCUGAACAAGGUAGAGGCGAAGCCGCCUUCUAGAAGUCGUUCUGCAACAGCCGACGUAAGAAUACAUCGUGCGGCCGAGAUGUUUGGCGAAUAUGGCUGGAUUCAACGACUUCGGAAGAGAGAUUUCCGAAAUGGUGGGUGGCAGCUUAUCAUGGUCGGUUUACUACAUCAACUUGCGGGUCGUUCACGUUUGCAAGCAGAUUGUGACGAAAUUCUAACUCAUCUGGCGCCGCUGGAUGCAGAGCCUACCCAGCGGACAGCUUGGCUGCAAUAUUCUACAAUGGACAUCAACAAGCGGGUCAAGGCUUUGCAGAUCAUUUGCAUGCUAACUCUGGAGACUAAGGCGGUCAAGGCAUUUUUAGAAGAGUCGAGCGCACAGAUGACGGAGCUCCGCAAGACGAAGAUUGAGCAUCAGCGAGCUCGCAAAGAAGCAAUGGCCCAAUUGAAAAUUUAUCAUGAGGAACGUCGGCGUUUACAACCAGAAAAGUCACCAACACCACCCCCGGAGCUCGUUGAAGCACCAGACGCCGAGAUAGAAGAAGAAGACACCUCAAUCGUGGAUACUGAAGACGAAGAACCUCAAUCGAAUCGCGCCCUCCGCCGUGGGAACGACCGAGCCGUCGAACGCAAGCGCAAGCGCGAAGAGGAGGAAGAGCGCAAACUCAAAGCAGUCGAAGCUAAGCAGGCCAAGGGGACGAAAGACUAUCAGAAAGUGCUGAAGAAAGUUGAGCAGACGCAAGAGAAGAUCAGGAAAGAAGAAAAUGCCAUCAUCAACGUAGACAACGACCUAAGAGAAGCUGAUUGUCCGCGCACCCGAGUGCUAGGCAAAGACCGCUUCUGGAACCGCUACUACUGGUUCGAGCGCAACGCCAUGCCAUACGAAGGGCUUCCCGACGCCUCAACAGCCGACGCGGGAUACGCCAAUGGUCGUCUCUGGGUUCAGGGUCCGGAUGAUUUGGAAAGAGAGGGUUUCAUUGAUGUGAGUCCAGAAGAGAACCAGCGGUAUUUCCGCACCUUUCAGAUGACGCCAGCGGAACGCAAACGAGCGGAAGAAGGACCUACAAGCGUAUUCACGGCAAAGCAAUGGGGAUUUUACGAGAAUCCAGAGCAGAUUGAUAUGCUAAUUGGCUGGCUGGAUACCAGAGGUAAUCGUGAGAUCAAGCUUAGAAAAGAACUCUCAAACCAGCGAGAAGUCAUUGUGAGAUACAUGGAGAAGAGGAAAGAAUAUCUCGCUAAGCCAUCAGAAUCGGAACAGGACCAAGACCUCCUGCCUCCACCGCCACCGACAACCAGGAUGUCCACACGAACAAAACCCUACGCUAAUCAAGACCAUCACACCAGUACGACCAAAUACCGCUGUCUUCGUUGGCGUAACGAAAUGGCACUCCGCGAGCUAGGGCAUAAACAUAUGGACCCGCCAGUCUUGAAGACAAAGAGCGGGCGGACGAUCCAUAAUCGAAAGGGCACCGCUGUGUCUGUGGGUGGUCCGAACCCCAAUGCGACGCCGCUAUUGGUGGAGGACGGAGCAGGCAAAAAUGCGAUCGGGAUGGUGACAAGAAAUCGGACCGGUAAGGUUUUGAGCAGGCAGGGCGGGAGGUAUAACUUCUAA